GGGAAGAGAAGCCAUAGAAAAGCAGAACGCAGUGAUGACUUGAUUCAUGCCUAUUUCAAUCAAUGGAUCGAGGGAGGAAGUCCACUAUAGGCAAAGUCUUUUGGCUUCCUGUGGAUGUGCAAUCACCUCUUCCAAUAUGUGGAUUCCACUUCCACAACACUUUCAUCAUGAUAUUCUUCAUUAUUUCCAAAUGUGUGGGCUGCACUCAAAGACUUUACAACAACAACAACAACAAAAAGGAAAAAGAAACACACUGCAGUUGGAAGGAAAACUUCUCUGUUUUCGGUGAUCAUGGAGGCUGAUAGAGGAGAGAAGUCUUUGACCCAAAAAAUGGAGGAGAGAAGUCAUUUCCUCUUGUCAAUCACGUUCUUGCUGGUGGUGCAGUACAGUUCUCUAUAUAUGGCUGAAUUAACUAUCAGCACAGAUGCAACACAAACCAACAUCACAACGGACCAGUCUGCUCUUCUUACUCUGAGAUCCCAUAUCACCAGUGACCCUCACAACAUCUUGGUCAACUGGUCAACCACCACCUCCGUCUGUAACUGGUUUGGCGUUACUUGUGGUGCUCGCCAUCUCAGAGUAGCAUCAUUGAAUCUCUCAUACAUGGGUUUUAUUGGCACAAUUCCACCACACUUGGGCAACCUCUCAUUCCUGGUUGCACUAAGCUUCAACAAUAAUAGCUUCCAUGGUACUUUGCCCCAUGAAUUGUCUUAUUUGCGUCGACUGAAGUUUAUUAACUUCGGAUACAACAACUUUAUGGGAUCCAUUCCAUCGUGGUUUGGGUCCUUCCCCAAACUUCAAAGCUUCUAUUUGUAUGGCAAUCAAUUUUCAGGUUUCAUACCGUCGACUAUCUUCAACUUAUCUACACUACAAAUAAUUUAUCUAAACAAUAACCAGUUAUCAGGUGGGAUACCAAGAGAAAUAGGAAAUUUAACAAUGCUGAAGGAGAUAAACUUGGGCCACAACAAUUUCAACGAAAUUCCAAAUGAGAUUGGCUCUUUAGAUCAACUGGGGAUGUUGACUGUGCAGAUGAAUGCCCUAAAAGGGCAUGUUCCUGUGACUGUUUUCAACUUGUCUUCUUUGAUUAUUUUGAAUCUAUAUGGGAACAACUUGAGUGGUGGUCUUCCAGACAAUAUAUGCCAACAUCUUCCUAGUGUUCAGGUGGUCAACUUGGGUCGCAACCAGUUUGAUGGUCUACUUCCAUCCAAAUUAUGGCAAUGCAAAGAGCUUCUUAUAUUAUCAUUGGAGAAUAACAAUUUCAGUGGAAGCAUACCCAGAGAUAUUGGGAACUUAACGCAGUUGCAAGUGAUUGCACUUGGUAUCAACAAUUUGACAGGCACUAUACCAGAUGAGAUCGCUGAUCUUCAAAAUAUAGAGUUUUUGGCAAUCGAUCAUAAUAAUCUGAAUGGCCUCAUCCCAUCCUCAAUCUUCAAUAUGUCCACGAUAACACAACUAUCGCUUAGUUUUAAUCAGCUAUCAGGUACCCUCCCAGCAAACAUAGGCCUUGGGGUUCCAAACCUACAACUCCUUCUUAUAGCAAUGAAUGACCUCAGCGGAGUAAUCCCCAACCUCUCCAAUGCUUCUAUGCUCACGAGGAUAGACUUGGGCGAAAACUCAUUUACAGGGUUUAUUCCAAGCACGCUCUGUGCCUUGACAAACCUUCAGGGGCUUAGAUUAAACACGAAUAAUUUGAUGAUUCAGACUUCCACUCUCUCUUGUUUGGCUAAUCUUGGAAGUUUGAAAACACUAGACUUGGGAAAAAAUCCGUUAAAUAUCAGACUUGAUGAUUCCUUUCGGAAUUGCUCUUCUACAUCGUCCCUUCAAUAUAUUUAUUUAUCUAAUUGCAACAUGAGGGGCAACAUUCCCAUUUGUAUUUCCAACUUGAGCAGCUUGCUAACCUUAGACCUGGAAAAGAAUCAAUUGAGUGGAUCAAUUCCAACUUCACUGGGAAGACUAGGGAAUCUCCAAGGUUUGUGGUUGGAUGAUAACAAGUUGCAAGGAUACAUCCCAUAUCAACUUUGUCAACUUGAUAAACUAGUUGAAUUAUAUUUGGGUAGUAAUCAGCUCUCUGGUUCUAUACCUUCAUGCUUGGGCAGUCUAGCCACAUCUCUAAGAACUCUCUCACUAGAGUCCAAUUCGUUGAGUUUCACAAUACCAUCUACUUUUUGGAGACUUGCCUAUAUCUUGCAUCUAAACUUAUCAUCCAAUUCUCUAAUUGGACCCCUCUCACAAGAUAUUGGAAACUUGAAAGUUGUGAUAGACGUAGAUUUAUCAAAUAACCAGUUAUUUGGUAUUCUACCAAGCACCAUUGGGGCUCUUCGUGAUUUGGUUACACUCUCCUUGGCAAAUAAUGAUUUGGAAGGCCCUAUUCCAAGUUCAUUUCAAGACUUGCUCAGCCUGCAAUUCUUGAAUUUAUCCAAAAACAAUCUGUCUGGAAUGAUCCCCAAGUCUUUAGAAGCCCUCUUAGUUCUCAAGUAUCUGGAUUUGUCUUUCAACAGGCUCCAAGGAGAAAUUCCAACUGGUGGACCAUUCCAAAACUUCUCCGCUCAAUCAUUUGUCUCAAAUAGUGCACUAUGUGGUGUAGCCCGACUCCAUGUUCCACAAUGCAGAAUUAGUAAACGUGAACCAAAUUGGAGGAAACCUAAAUAUAUUAUCCCAGGGAUCAUAUUAGUAAUUUUCCUAGUGGCCUCCAUAUCUCUAUUUGUACUAUGCAGGAAAAGGAAUGUGGAAGUUCCAACAGAGGCUACCUCGUUGCCCCAACUUCUUUGGAGAAGAUUUUCACACCUAGAACUUCUAAGGGCAACGAAUGGACUUAACGAAAACAACUUACUUGGAAGUGGGGGUUUUGGCUCAGUAUAUAAGGGGACACUUUCAGAAGGAAUAGAUGUUGCAGUAAAAGUUUUCAGUUUACAGCUAGAAGGGGCUUUCAGGAGUUUUGAUACAGAAUGUGAAAUGCUAAGCAAUAUUCGUCAUCGAAACCUUAUCAAAAUCAUCAGCUGCUGCAGUGAACUUGAUUUCAAAGCGUUGGUAUUGAAUUACAUGCCAAAUGGGAGCCUUGAGAAGUGGUUGUACUCUCAAAACUAUUCUUUGAAUAUCUUACAGAGGAUCAACAUAAUGAUAGACGUUGCGUCAGCAUUGGAAUACCUUCACCAUGGUUAUUCAAUACCUGUAGUGCACUGUGAUAUGAAGCCAAGUAAUAUACUACUAGAUGAUGAUAUGGUUGCACAUGUUGCUGAUUUUGGAAUUGCAAAACUCUUGGGUGGAGGAGAUUCUAUGACCCAAACCAUGACCUUAGCCACAGUUGGGUAUAUGGCUCCAGAGUAUGGAUUGGAAGGAAUGGUUUCAACAAGUGGGGAUGUGUACAGUUUUGGAAUUGUAGUGAUGGAAACAUUCACAAGAAGGAAGCCAACAAAUGAGAUGUUUGAUGGGGAAAUGAAUAUAAAGCAAUGGAUUGCAAACUCACUAGUAUUACCAGAUGCAAAGAUAGAUGAAGUAUUGGAUGCCAAUUUGCUUGGGAUUGGGACAGAACAGGAAGAUGAUGAUCAUGUGAGGAAAAGGGAUUGCAUAUCAGCCAUUAUGAGAUUAGCUCUUGCUUGCUGUGCAGAAUCACCUGAAGAGCGGAUAAGUAUGGAAGAAGCUGUAGUCACACUCAAGAAAAUCAAGAUAAAGUUUAUGAAGGACGCUGCUGCUGCUCAAAUAAACUGCCCUCUUGUUCAAGCCAUGAUUCUGCCACUGUCAUUAACUUAACAUUCAAGGCCAAACACAUGUACAAUAAUUUAUGUAUGUAUAUUUAAAAUCAUUAGAAAACAUUAUAUAAGCUACUCAUAUGUAGAAACGAAAAUAAUAUUAUACAGCUGAAUUGAAAAAAAAAUUCAAACCUCUAUACAUAAUCAGGAGGUUUGGACCUCAUCGUGAUCAA